UCUGUUUUCAAAUUCUCGUCUCCUGCUAUCUAUAUAUUUCUCUCUCCUGCUGCAACGACGACUUUCUCUCUCUGUGUGUGAAUAGAGAGCUGGGGAGAAGGAGAUGGCGAGGAGACCGGACGACGAGUACGAUUACUUGUUCAAGGUCGUACUGAUCGGAGAUUCAGGCGUCGGUAAAUCCAAUCUUCUCUCUCGAUUCACUCGAAAUGAGUUUUGUUUGGAAUCCAAAUCCACCAUAGGCGUUGAAUUCGCUACUCGUACCCUCCAAGUAGAGGGAAAGACAGUGAAGGCUCAAAUAUGGGACACAGCGGGACAAGAACGAUACCGAGCCAUAACAAGUGCGUAUUACCGUGGGGCCCUAGGGGCACUUUUGGUAUAUGACACAACAAAACCAACAACUUUUGAAAAUAAGAUGCUCAAACAUUUUGCUGAAAAAGAAGGGCUUUCGUUCAUUGAAACCUCUGCAUUAGAAGCUGUAAAUGUUGAGAAGGCGUUUCAGACGAUUCUUGGAGAGAUUUAUAGGAUUAUAAGUAAGAAAUCACUUGCGAUUGGGAAUUCGGGAGGUGGGAUUGGGAGUAGUGUUAAACAAGGGGAGACACUUGAGGUGGGGUCACAGGAAGUUAAUGCAAAAAAGGCUUGUUGUUCUUAG